AUGUCCAACUCCAAUCUACAAGCCUACUACCUCUUUCUAACCCUCACCCUCCUCCUCUUCUGGACAACCAUAAUCUCUCUCAUCAUCUACUUCAUCCCCUCCCUUGAACCGCAGACGUCUACUCCUCGCUGCUAUGGCAGUUUAAUCCACGGAGAAAUAUGCUAUUGUCCCGCUUCCAUCUCCCAUUGUACUCCAACACCAACCGAGUCUAUCACGAUUCAAAAUCAAAAUCAAGAUUCUGGACCCGAUAUCCCGGUCAAAGAGAUAAUAAUGUAUUUCGCGCUCGCAAUAUCCAUAUGUGGGAUUUUGGUAAAGAUUGUGGUACUAAGUGGAUGGUGGAGUCCCUGGGGAGAGAAAAUCGUGUGGAGGAAAGGAGGAUCAGGAUUGGAAUGGAAGAUUAGUUCAGUGGGGAAGGAAGAUAAAAGAGAGAAUCGUAAACAAACUCCUUUAAUUGUAAGCGAGAGUUAG